AUUGUGCGUAUCGAUGUACCGCACAUCCAAGUGCAUGUACCUGUCAGUUAGACAGUGGCGUAGGCCUCUCGACGCCUCCCACCACUCGCCCCCCACAUUUCGGCAUUUCCAAGGAUGCACGACGGCCAGCCGCACAUCCUCGUCAUUUAAUCUUACGCGCUACAUCGUCCACCCUCACCAGCCCUCGACCCUAUGCAGUGGGAUGGUAAUGCCGGGGACGCCUGCAGGAGACGCUGGUGAACGCAAUGGCACCGAUGUUGCAGCAUCCACCGUAGUGCAUCCGACCGCACCCCUUCCCCUCGCCCAGCUAUGCGCUCAGAUCCAUGGAAAGCUCGCGGCCUUCUUGAAUGCGGACCCCAAGACCGAGAGACUCCGAGCGGUGCAGGCGCAGAGCCGCAUCAGUCUGGGAGUCAUCGAAGAGGCGCUGCGCCGAUACAGCCCCGAGGAGCUGUCCAUAUCGUAUAAUGGCGGCAAGGACUGCCUCGUCCUGUUGAUCCUCUACCUCAGCGCCCUCCACUCCUACCACGCAAGGCCCGUCGACGGCCUUCAUACAUCCAACAAGACCAACAAUCAUCAUCAACACCAUCCCCCACCUGCACGGCUCCCCACCCGCCUGAACUCCGUGUACAUAGUGACGCAACAUCCUUUCCAAGCCGUCGAAGAUUUUGUCGCUUCGUCCGUCGAGUACUACCACCUUUCCAUGACCCGCUACGCCAAACCGAUGAAAGAAGGCUUCGCCGACUACCUGCGCGAGCAUCCGAAGAUACGGGCAAUAUUCGUUGGCACACGACGGACAGACCCGCACGGCGGCGAACUCGUGCACUUCGACCCCACCGAUCGAGGCUGGCCGGACUUCAUGCGCAUCCAUCCCGUCAUCGAUUGGCAUUAUGCAGAGAUUUGGGCGUUCAUAAGAGAGCUGGGCAUCACGUAUUGCGAGCUGUACGAUAUGGGCUACACCAGUCUAGGCGGCACCACGGAUACACAGCCCAACCCGGCAUUGGGCGUUGGGAGUGGCGGCUUUCGACCAGCUUAUGAGCUGCUCCAGGAUGAGGAAGAGAGGCUUGGGAGGAAUCGAUAACACCCAUCGGGCAUGACUGGACAUUGGCUGAUGCCUGCUGCAUAGAUCUCUAU